UAACAAUUUAAAAACGAUAACGAAGUUCGAUAAGUUUAAACAGUAUGGGAUUGACAUAAGCCGCGUUAAGUCACGUGGUCAAUCGUCAUCGUUAUCGUAAGUUGGUAGACAAUGUUAUAAUUCAUAACGAAACCAUAACGAAACGAAUCGAUAUCGCGUUUAUCCCAUACAAAUGCGUAGACAAGCAGCACUUUCGGUGUUCGUUAUUGUCUCGAUCGUGAUCGUCAAAAAAGAUAACGAAACGAACGUUCAAACGUUGUAGUUAUCGUUACAAUAUGGCCGAAUUUCAUUAAGCAGCUGAUUUUAGACGUCAAGUGUUCACUGAGUUCACUCUGAAGUUUCUUUUCUCGCGAAGUCAAUAUAUUUUAAAAUGCAUUCUCUACGUUUAUUGUGGGCUGCACACAAUGAAAACACCUGGGAGAGGCGCCAAAAGCGUACAUUACACCGAAGGCAAUUGGAAACAAUUCAAGAAAUGCCAGAAUUGUUGUUCAUGCAACAUUUCAGGCUUAACAAAAAAACCUUUCGAAAGCUAUGCAGCGACUUAAAAAGUCAUACCCUAUUGAAAGGUUCAUCUGAGAUUUCCCUGGAAACAAAGGUGCUAUGUGCUCUUAGCUUUUUAGCUACAGGGUCGUACCAAAAAAUUGUGGGUGUGGGCCACUAUUUGACACAGCGGACAACAAGUCGCUGCAUCAGAGAGGUAGUAAACGCCCUUAACCAUAAUUGGAUGGUCAGUAGGUGGAUAGUAUUUCCACAAACACCUCAGGAGAGAUCCAUAAUCAAAGAGAAGUUUCAAAGGACACAUAAUUUGCCUGGUGUGAUAGGGUGCAUUGAUUGUACCCACAUUGCAAUUGUGAGACCGGCUGAGGAAGAACAUUUAUUUUAUAAUAGAAAAGGAUUUCAUUCCUUAAAUGUUCAAAUGAUAUGUGAUUAUGAUUUAAAAAUAACCAAUGUGAACACAAAAUUUGGUGGAGCUGCUCAUGACUCCCACAUAUGGUCAGCGAGUCAUGUGGGCUCAUACAUGGAAGGCUGCAUGAAAGUGGUGAACAUGUUUGGUUACUUGGGUCGCAAGAAGAUACCUAUACAAGACGUCAUGUCCAAGCGAGGUCUCGCAUUGAACGCUGCUUCGGAUUACUCAAAGCUCGAUGGAGGUGUAUGCUUCGACACAGAGUCCUUCAUUAUCACCCGGAGAUGUAUACCACCUCCGAGUGAUAUGCCAGCCGGGAGCUUAGAAGGUAGUGAAGAUGAUGCUGUACACCAUAGCACCUCCAUCAAUGAUAACCAAAAUGAGUUAAUCCGAGGCAGGGCUAUGCGAAGCCGCUUAAACACAGCAGCAGCAAAGCACCUCGGUGGUGUACAGAUAUCACCUAGGUGA